GAGGGAUUUUUAAAAACAGAACGUCAAAAACAGCUGUGCUAAUCCAGAGCAUACAAAAUAUAGUAUGUUAUAUUAUCAAUGAUUUAGCGGUAUUUAACAUAAUCCCCUCAAAAGUAUUAUUUUAGAACGUAUGGAUAGCUUCCGUGAUCAGAACAUCUUUGACUCCCCCUCCAAGCAAAGCUAUGUGGGUAGUUUCUACUUGCCACCGGAGAAGCUCUCAUGCCAUGGAUUUGUGAGGGGGGCUGUGGAGCCUAGAGCCAAAAGCGGUACGAUACUACAGGACAUAGAUGCAGAGACAUACCGAUGUGCACCAGACUCAGGGAGCAGAGCAGUGAUCGCUGCGUUGCGCACGCUGCAGGAGAAGAUGCGGCGCCUGGAGCUGGAGCGGGCGCAGGCUGAAAAGAACGUGCAGCACUUCGCUGAGGUCACGCAGAAGCACGCCAGCAGCAGCGCUAGCAGCAGAGCCACCACUGCAGCCGGCAGUAUCAGAGCGCAGGAACAACCACGCACAAGGGGCGACCCAAACAGCAAGCACCGGAUGGAGCUUGUCACACAGCUUCAGUCCACUGAGAGCCGCUGCUCCCUGUUGGAGAAGCAGCUGGACUACAUGAAGAAGACGCUUGAGAGUGCUGGGGAGGUGUCACAUACACCCCCUCCUGCUAAGACACACACAUCUGCAGAGAGACGUGCACACAUGCCUACUGAGAAAAAGGCACAGAAGGACAACUCUAUAGAUGACAUCCAUUUGCAGCUAAACAAACUGGAGAAACUGGAAAUGGAGUGUGUUAAGCUCACCAACACACAGUCUUUGGCGGAGAGGAAGAUCCAGUUGCUGGAGGAGAAGCUACAGGAAGAGGAAAAGGAACGCAAACUCAUCCAACAGAAAGCUGACGAGCUCGAGAGAGAACUACAGGUGAAUCUUCUCAUGCAGUCAGCAUCAGUGGCUGCGUCUAAGCCAUCCAAGAAAAAGAAGGAAAAGUUACCCAUCAAGAAAUCAGAAUCAGUUCCCAAGAUGCCUUUUGCCAGACGUCCUCCUUUUGUGGCAGGGACUUCCACCAGCCCCAGUCACUCUGUGAGUGCUAACCUGCAGAGCCUGUGCCAUCUGCUCAAACAGCAGCAGCAGCAGCAGCAGCAGCAGCAGCAGCAGGGAUGGCAGGAGGGCGGCCGCCGCGUGCGCGAGUGUGAGCGACAGCGACAACUUGAGCGCGAGGGCCGCGCGCCAGGGCGAGCAGGCUCCAGGGUCAGGCAGAGGUCGGAGGGGAGCAGGGGUCAGAUUGACCAGUCGCCCCCCAGCAGAGAGGCCUCGCCCCUGGGCUGCCUCUCCCAGUUGCUUCUGACCCUGCAGGACGAGCUGGGACGCAUGAGCUUCGAGCACCAGGAGCUGGUAUGCCAGAUCUCAGACACUAAGAGCAGGCGAGUGAGAGAGGACCUGGAGAGGGAGCUGGACGCACUGGUCAUGAAGAUGGAGGAGAAAGCCACACAGAUCACACAAGUGCGCAAACACCAGAAAACAGUGAAGAGUCUGAGGCAGCCAUCGCAGAGCCCCAAGAAGCAGCAGCGCCCCACAGGGUCAAAGGUCAAGAAAGUGGGGUUGACUGGGCUGCAACAGUUAAGCCCCUCCCCCAAGAAGACACGCCCACAUAGUGUAUCACACAGUCUCUACUCGAAUCUGCACAAAGAUGACAUCAUUUGGGAAAGCUGAUGGGAAACUAGGAUACACACACGCACACACAAAUCAUUUUGCACUAUAAUAACAUGGCCAUAUUGAAGGUAAAGGCCUCCAACAUGCACAAGCAAGGGGCCAUAGUUUGUGUGUUUGUUUGUUUUUGUGUGUGAGUGAGGGAGACAGGGCACUGGCUUUGUGUUUGAUGAAUUGACAACUACCAUUGAAAGUGAGUUAACAAGAUACAUCCCAAGGGCUCUAAAAUUAUUCUCAAUGUAAUGUGUUUUAUAUUCUGUUCAAAAGUUGUUAUUUUAAGUAUUGUGUAUUUUAUGUUUUAUUCUAAAUAAAAACACCACUGAAA